AUGGCAGUUUCAAAAUCUCGAAUAUCUCGUUCUUUUCUUAAAAUGUUCUCCACUAGUAGUUCUCUAAGAGUCAGGUUUCCUUAUAGUGCUAAUGCUAACAUAAAAGAGAUUGGUUCCUUCACUGCCUAUCCUCUCGAAAAAUCGUUCGAGCCCGGACAGUUGUUCAUUCACCGCACGUUCGCUUACAAAGGUGUUGUCGUAUGUUCCUUUAACUGCCGUUUUCACGAAAAGAAGGAAGGGGGAACAGAGAAAACAACAGUGACUAAAGAUUACUACCAAGUACUUGUACAUAGACCAGACUGGGCUUAUAUGAUGUUCCCAGUCGAUUUAACUUCAUACCUUCAAGAUGGAAGUAGCAAAGGAGAAAAACUUUUAGCAAUGAUCAAUGGCAUGGAUUGUGUUUCACAUUCGGAUAUUAUGCCUUUCAACACUGUUGAGAAGAACCCCAUUGAGCAUGACCUGUUCGACCGAAUCUUCACUAAGCAAGACGCGUCAAACGGAGUACGAGUCUCUAUGAGACCAGCUUUAUUAGAGAACUAUAUGGCUUCCCAGCGUACAUGGUUAGCACCACGAGAUGUGUAUAAAGAAAUCACGGAUGGAGUAGAGGUUACUGUCAUGACAUUCUAUUUGGGUUCGAACUUCGUUGCUGGUCAACAAAGGCAUACUUGGCGCUAUGUAAUCAGAAUUGAGAACCAUACUCCUCAGAACCCAGUGAUACUCAGAGAAAGGUCUCUUAAAAUUUAUUCGCUAAAUAAUAUGAACCAAGUGAAUGGACAUGGUGUGAUCGGAAAACAACCUGAGCUAAAUGUGAGGUCUCCUGCUUUCCAGUUUAGUAGUACUAUAGAACUGCCUCACUCUAAAGGGGGACAUAUGUGGGGAACCUUCAAAAUGGAACGGGAGAAUGGAUCUACCUUCAAUGUAACUAUUCCUACUGUGGUGUUAGAGUCUUUGGAAGAGAAACCAGUAGAAGUCAUCGACUCUAUGAGCGAAUAA